CUCAGAGAGACAGAGAGACAGAGAGACAGAGAGAUGGGUUCUUCUCGUCUUCCUCCAUCAGCUUCAAUGGCAGCUCUCGUAUUUGGUUUCUUGGUUUUAUCAGCAUUGCCGGAGCUCGCAGCAGGCGUGACCAGGCACUACACAUUCAAUAUUACGUUGCACAAUGUGACAAGGCUGUGCCAGACGAAGAGCAUUAUUAGCGUGAAUGGACGUUUCCCAGGUCCUCCCGUUGUAGCAAGGGAAGGUGAUAGAGUGGUGGUUAAAGUGGUUAAUAAAGUUUCCAACAAUGUGACUAUUCAUUGGCACGGUGUUCGCCAGCUUCGAAGUGCUUGGGCAGAUGGACCGACGUACGUGACACAGUGUCCAAUACAGACCGGCCAGACAUACACCUACAACUUCACCAUCACAGGCCAGAGAGGAACUCUCCUGUGGCAUGCUCACAUCUCAUGGCUGAGAGCUACGCUGUAUGGCCCUAUCAUCAUCCUCCCCAGGCGCAAUGAAUCUUACCCAUUCCCAAAGCCCCACAAGGAAGUGACAAUUAUUUUUGGAGAGUGGUGGAAUGCAGACCCAGAGGCAGUGAUCAGCCAGGCGCUGCAGAGUGGAGGAGGCCCAAAUGUUUCAGAUGCGUACACCAUCAACGGUCUUCCAGGCCCACUGUACAAUUGUUCCUCCAAAGACACAUACAAGCUGAAGGUGAAACCAGGGAAGACCUACCUCCUCCGUUUGAUCAACGCUGCACUCAACGACGAACUUUUCUUCAGCAUAGCCAACCACACCCUCACCGUGGUUGAAGGCGAUGCUACUUAUGUCAAACCUUUUGACACCAACGUACUUGUCAUCACCCCAGGCCAAACCACCAAUGUUCUCCUCAAGACCAAGCCCUACUUCCCCAACUCCACCUUCCUCAUGGCCGCAAGGCCCUACUUCACCGGCCAAGGCACCUUUGACAAUUCCACAACUGCCGGCAUUCUGGAAUACGUGAACCCAUCAAAGCCCACUUCCUCUCAAAAUAAACUUCCCCUCCUCAAACCAACCCUCCCACCUGUCAAUCCCAAUGCCACCGGCUUCGUCACCAACUUCACCAGGAAAUUCCGUAGCUUGGCUACUGCUAAAUUCCCUGCCAACGUCCCCCAAACUGUGGACAAGCGAUUUUUCUUCACUAUUGGACUUGGGUCCAACCCAUGUCCUAAAGACAUGACAUGCCAGGGACCCAAUGGCACCAAAUUUUCAGCUUCAGUCAACAACAUCUCUUUUAUACUUCCAUCAGUAUCUAUCAUGCAAGCCUAUUUCUUUGGGCAGAAUGGUGUUUACACCACUGAUUUCCCAACAUACCCACCAGUGCCCUUCAACUAUACGGGAACUCCACCAAACAACACCAUGGUGAGCAACGGAACCCGAGUUGUGGUGCUCCCAUUCAACACCAGUGUGGAGCUGGUAAUGCAGGACACCUCCAUUCUCGGUGCUGAGAGUCACCCUUUUCACCUCCAUGGUUACAAUUUCUAUGUGGUCGGCCAAGGGAUUGGCAACUAUGACCCAAACACGGAUCCUGCCAACUUCAAUCUAGUCGACCCCGUUGAAAGGAACACCUUUGGAGUUCCGGCCGGUGGUUGGGUUGCCAUUCGCUUCCAAGCUGACAACCCAGGUGUAUGGUUCAUGCACUGCCACUUGGAUGUCCACACAAGCUGGGGCUUGAGGAUGGCAUGGAUCGUACUGGAUGGACAGCAACCCAAUCAGAAGUUACCACCCCCACCCUCCGACCUCCCCAAAUGUUGACUUUCACCUGUGAUGGGUCCGAACUGGGAUUGCAAAUUUUUUGAGUGUCUCUGUUAUCGACAUUUUAAAUCAUAAUGGUAAUAUUUUUUUGCCGUGUGCCUGAUCAAGAGCGCAUUAUCUCUCCCCCUGGUUUGUCAAAUUUGUCGGUUGGCUGAAAGGGAGAGUGGAGCAGCUCAUGAGAAACUAUCCCAUGUAUAAAUUUCAUGAAUGAAAAUCAUAUGAUACGGUUUCACCCACCAAA